AUGAAAGACCGACUUCAAGAACUAAAGCAGAGAACAAAAGAAAUUGAACUCUCUACAAACAAUCAGUUACUGACUAUGGAGUCAGAGGAACAAGGGGUGUUUGUACAGCAAGCUGUUAUUUAUGAAAGAGAACCUGUAGCUGAAAAGCACCUACAUGAGAUCCAAAAGCUACAGGAGAACAUUAGCAAUUUUGCAGAUAAUGUUCAUCAAUUUGGACAGCAACAAAAAAGUCUAGUGGCUUCCAUGAGAAGGUUUAGUCUACUCAAGAGAGACACUAGCAUUGCAAAGGAGAUAAAAUGCCAAGCAGAAAACAUUAACAGAGGUUUGGCUAAUUUAGUUAAAGAACUUAAAAAGUCAGAGGUUGAAAAUGGUCCAACAUCUGUGGUCACAAGGAUACUUAAGUCUCAGUAUGCUGCCAUGUUCCGCCAUUUUCAGCAAACCAUGGUUAUGUACAAUGAAACAAUAGCAGCAAAGCAAGAGAAAUGCAAGACAUUUAUAUUCCGUCAACUUGAAGUUGCUGGAAAAGAACUGCCUGAAGAAGAAGUAAAUGAUAUGCUUCAUCAAGGAAAAUGGGAAGUUUUUAAUGAAAGCUUCCUUACAGAAAUCAAUAUCACUAAAACACAACUCUCAGAGAUUGAACAGAGACACAAAGAACUUGUUAAUUUGGAGAACCACAUAAAAGAUUUACGGGAUCUUUUCAUUCAAAUUUCUCUUUUAGUGGAGGAACAAGGAGAGAGUAUCAACAAUAUUGAAAUGAUGGUGAACAGUACAAAAGAUUAUGUUAACAAUACUACAGAGAAAUUUGGACUUGCUGUAAAAUACAAAAGAAGAAAUCCUUGCAGGGAACUGUGCUGUUGCUGUUGUCCCUGUUGUGGCUCAAAAUGA